UAGAUAUUUAUAUUUGAUUGCAUGAGCAGAAAAGAAUAAGACAUUAAGAGAUUGAUUGCUUCAUAAGUAAAAAUGUUAUGUAUAUGACUUCUUCUAGUGCCACAUUGGAACAAAGCAACUCCAUUUUGAUAUGAAGAGAUAUGUAUCACACAGAAGCGAUAAUGGUGCAUACAUUCUCAAUUUAGAGGAAACCUGGUAGCACAUCAAAUUGGCUGCCAGAGUUAUUGCAGCAGUUGAAUAACCUCAAGAUGUCAUGGUAUUAUAAAUAAUGAGUAAUUCAGGUUGUUUCAUCAAGACCAAUUGGAUAAAGAGCAGUCAUUAAAUUCGCUCACUAUACUCAUGCUAGCUCAACAAGAUCAUCAAGAUGGACACCAGGUACAUUGACAAAUCAAUCCAACAGUGCCAGUGGAAAAUUCCAAGAACCAUAAUUAUUGAUUGUCACAGAUCCACAUUUGGUAUAUAUAUGAAUAUAACAUUUUCCUUAGGAUAAAUAAGCCAUCGUUGAAGCAUCUUACGUCAACAUUCCAGUUAUUGCCUUAUGCAAUUCAGACAACCCCUUAUAAUAUGUUGAUAUCCCAAUCCCAGUUGGAAACAGAGAAACUAAGUCAAUUUCUAUGAUCUAUUGGUUGUUGGCCAGAGAAGUCAAGAUCUUGAGAGGAGAAUUGAGACAAGGUAAUUGAAAUGAGCCAUAAUGAUAGAUGAAGAAUGGGAUGUCUUGGUUGAUUUGUUCUACCACAAGGAAAUUACCAAUGAUUAAUUGGGUGUUGCAGAUAACUAAGUCAAAUAAGAAGGUGAUGGUGAAGAAUAAGAACAAUAAGGUGAAGCAGAGAAAGCUGAUAAAGAUUGGUGAUAAAAUAUAUUAUAAUUAUGUAAAGUACAUGUAUGUCAAUU